GUGAGCUGGGACUGGCUUGGGAGAACAUCAGGAGAUAAUACAAAGUUCCAAAAUAUUAACUGAACAUCUGUCCUAAGACCUGGGUGUGUUGCCAGUUGGGGAAUGACAUCGGGGUGGCAACAUGGUGAGUUUGCUGGUUAAUCGCAACUGCAUGGAAAGCUUACGGAAGGACAUCACUGAUCUGCAAGGGACAGUCGUCAGCGUGUUCUCUCAGGCUGGAGCUGUGCGCUAUCCUUCCUGGAAGUUUCCUGAUAAGGUGUCUUGCGACCUGGACUUAGUGGCCUUGCUGGAGCAUUACGACUUUGCAGAGAAUGACCCAGAAUUCACCCAGCAUUCCCAUGUGGUUCUCCUGGAACUUGUGAUUGACAGGUGA